AGUCAGACCAGCCCACGGUCACUGCUGUAGAGUUUUACUUGUAGUACAUUUUUAAUUAUUUAAAGGAGGAGGUGACUACAAAUAGCAAAGAGACUGGCAAUAAUUAUAUUUACACACGCUUCAACCUGACCCAGAACAUGGCGGACAAUAACAGUCAGAUGGAGAUGAUGCUAUCCUCUGACAUGGACGAGGAGGUGGGGGGCAACGGCACAGCAGACCACCUCAACCACAACUCCAGAAGCAAACCCUACGUGACCCAGAGGAAUGGACGCACGCCCAGGAACCUCUGCUUCAUGGCUGUUGCUACUCUCCUCAUCUUUAUCAUCGGGUAUCUAAUUGGGUUCUUGGUUCAUCGGAAGAAGGACAUGGCCCCUGCCUGCCCUCACACCUUUAUCCCAAAACCAGGCCCUGUUGUUAUAGAACGAGGAGCUGCUCCAGUCAUGGAAUGGGAUAGUGUCAAAAAGCUAUAUGCUGAAAAGCUCAAGAUGUCAAAUUUUGAUGCAACCUUCAGAACCUUUGCCAGUGACAGCCAUCGGGCAGGUUCUCCAGGUGAUGAUGAACUUGGUAACAAAGUUAUCAGAAAAUUCAAAGAAUACGGCAUGGACACCUGGACCGAUGAGCAUUUUGUCAAAGUCCAGGAGCUUUCAGGAGCAAACAAAGUAACUUUCAAUGGUGAAAAAGUAGAUUUGAAUGGAUUCCUUUCCUACAGUGCUCCUGGGACAGCAACGGGUGCUGUCUUGUACGCCCAUUACGGGAGAGAAACUGACUUCAGCGCCCUCCGUGACAAAAACAUCCCCAUGAAUGGCCGGGUCAUGCUAGUCAGAGCUGGUUUGAAUAGUUUUGCUGAAAAGGUAGCCAACGCUGCCAAAGUGAAUGCUUCUGCAGUUCUGAUCUAUGCAGACCAGUCUGAUUACAAUUCGCUGGGUUCCUCCACAGAAAUUUUUGGCCAUGUCCACUUGGGCUCUGGUGAUCCCUACACUCCAGGCUUCCCCUCCUUUAAUCACACUCAGUUCCCACCCAUUGAAUCAUCUGGACUGCCCAGAAUUCUGGCACAGACUAUUUCUUCUGAACUGGCUAUGAAAAUUUUAAGGCAACUAGGGGGUCCGGAAAUGCCAAGACAUUGGGGGACCAUUGCCAAGCUGGGAGGGGAGACUGAUAUGAUCACAGUGCAAGUCAACAAUCUGUUAACUGAGAAAAAAAUCACAAAUGUUUUUGGAGUGAUCAAAGGCUUUGUUGAUGCAGAUCGCUAUGUUGUAAUUGGUGCCCAACGAGAUGCCUGGGGUCCAGGUUUUGCCAAAUCAACUGUUGGCACCAGUGUUCUUCUUGAAAUGGCUCGCUCAAUCUCGGAAAUGAAAAACAGUGGAUUUAAGCCCAGAAGAAGUAUAGUUUUUGCCAGUUGGAGUGCUGGGGAAUAUGGGAGCGUUGGUGCUACAGAGUGGCUAGAGGGCUAUCUGUCCUCUCUCAGUAUGAAAGCCUUCACAUAUGUGGACCUCAAUGGAGUUGUUACAGGUCAAAAUGGACUCAAGAUUUCCGCUAGUCCCUUGCUGCACACGUUGAUCCUGGAUGCCCUGAAAGAGGUGAAAAGGCCAACAAGAGACGCAACAUCCCUUUUAGCUCAGUAUGGGGGCAAUUUUGACUCUUUAUUGGAACCCAUGAAUAUGGACAGUGCUGCAUAUCCUUUCCUUGCCUUUUCAGGAAUCCCAGCUAUGUCAUUUAGAUUCACCUCAGAACAUUUGAGCUAUCCAUAUUUCGGCACAAUGUUGGACAGUCCGCAAAAACUCCAGUCUACAACCUCCAACCAGGUGGCCCAGUUUGCUGAAGUAGCUGCUCGCUUCGCAGGUCAUAUUGCUUUGAGGCUGGUUCAUGAUCACCUCCUACAGCUCGACCUUCAGAAAUACACCAGGAUUAUCCGCUCCAAGGUUUUCCAAAUCAAUGGGAAAGUGGCUGAGGUUCAAAGGCUGCGGCCCCAGGUUCUUCCCAAAGGGUUCACUAUGCGGUGGCUUAUAUAUGUGACUGGCUCCUACAGCCGAGCCUCAGCAAAACUGGAAACUGACAUCCAGAACAGUGACCUGGAGGAUGUGGAAAUGUGCCGCAUAAUCAACGACCGCAUCAUGGCUGUGGAGAGAAACAUGCUGUCCCCCCAUGUGUCUCCCAGAGAAAACCCUUUCCGCCACAUUCUGUUGGGCUCAGGUCCUCAGACACUGGGUGCGCUCAUAGACUAUCUAGAAGCCAUCAGAAUUGACCGUCCUGAGGCUGACGCAGAUGUUUUUCGCAAUCAGUUUGCCCUGGCCACCUGGACCAUUCAGGGCUGUGCAAACUCAAUAGCAGGAGACAUCUGGGCUUUGGAUAACGAAAUUUAAAUGCCUAUUAUUUGGCCUUUAUUUUCAAACAGGUGGCAAUUUAACACAAAAAAGCAUGGUUAAUUAAUUAAUCUGAGGACCUCAGGGACCGGCCACCUGCUGAUGGCCAGAGUCAGGACUAAACAUGGGGAGUCAGUGAAUUCACUUUUAUGCAGCUAAAACCUGGAACAGUCUUCUGUAAGACAGGACUCUACUUUAACAGUGUUUACAUCCAGGCUCAAAUAGUUCUGUUUAGCUGUGCAUAUGACAGAAAGGCUUCUUUUUUGCACUCUUCUCUUUCAAUGUUAUUUUGUGACUAUUUGUGUUUUGUGUGAUUUUAAUAUCUUUCUUAUUCUGUAAAGCACUUUGAAUUACUUUGUGUACAAACUGUGCUAUACAAAUAAACUUGCCUUGUCUUAAUCACAGAUGCUGUCAUCUGGAUAUAGUUUGCAGAUGUCCAUAUAACUCUUAAAAAAUUCAAACAUCAGUUACUCGAUGACCAACAGCUUCUGUGUUGUGAGGCAAUCCAUUUAAAAAAAUUAGAGGUACACUAAAUACUUCAAUAUCCUUUUCCUACUCCUGUUCGGUUACAAGUUUAAACAUUGACAUUAGCGUACAGUAUAAAGACAGACUGCACCAGCUCAGAUCACUAAGACUAGAGAAGGGGAUCAUUUUAUCAAUGCAUUUUUACUACAAAAACAAAAAGAACAGAUUUCUCUGCUGCUGUACCCUCACGUUUAAACAAUGGUGGGUUAAAAUGGCAGCUUUAACUUUAUAUUAUACUAAGUUCUUUCUUACUUUGUACUGGUGCCUUGGUCUUUAACACAGAAAUUUUUUUGUUAUGCUUUUAUCCUUUCAUUUUUAAAAUUAGUUAUUGACUAAAACUUGGAUACACUUAACUGAGAAGAUCCAAUGAAACUAAAAUACAAAAUUGGACAUUGGUGUUACAGUUUUAGAGAAUAUACACAGCUUUUAAUAAAAUAGGUCAACUGUGCGCAUUCUGCAGUAUGAAAAAUAAUAUUCAUUGUAACAUCAUUGUAUUUGAUGUCACUCUGCACACACGUUUGUUUUGUUCUGCAGCAAUAAAUUACAUAACACCC